AUGUUAAGGCAAGGCUUUCGCCGCUGUGCCGGCCUCGCCAGCGCUGCUGCGCCGUCUCUCAUGGUGCGCUCUCGAACAGCGUUCCCUCUGGCGCAGAGAAGUGUGGUGUCUGUGACAAGAACCCCUAGCGUAUUUAAGAACAUCGCCAAUGCUUCGAGACAAUACAGUUCCGAAGCUGUUGCUGCUGAGGCCACGAGGGUAGAGGAGGCUGUCUCUGGAGACGUUGUUGACUUCCAUGAGCUGUCGAAGCUGGGUGUCCAUCAGAACCUCCUGCAGGCAAUCACCAGAGACAUGAAUUACAAAACCAUGACGCCAGUUCAGUCUAAGACGAUCAACCCUGCUCUUAAAGGAACAGACAUAGUUGCCCAAGCCAAAACAGGAACGGGCAAGACCAUCGCCUUUCUUUUGCCGCUGUUCCAGCGCAUGAUUGAGGAAGAUCCUACACUGGCCGCAAGACGCUCCUCGCGGAAUGCCCGAUCGGACGAUAUCCGCGGCAUUGUUUUGUCACCGACCCGAGAGCUUGCUGAGCAAAUUGCCACCGAAGCCCGUCGCCUUUCAAAAUACACGGGCCUUGUCGUUCAAUCGGCGGUUGGAGGCACCCAAAAAAGCAGGAUGUUGCAACAGACACAGCGACAAGGGUGCCAUCUUUUGGUGGCCACACCGGGGCGCUUGAAUGAUUUGUUGCAAGACCCUCGAAGCGGCAUUGAUGCACCAAAUCUGGCCGCUCUUGUCCUGGACGAGGCUGACCGUAUGCUUGAUGUCGGUUUCGAACAGCAACUGGGAGAGAUUACCAGUUGCCUUCCGAGCCGAGAAGAGAAGGAGCGUCAAACAAUACUGGUUUCGGCCACUAUACCAGACAAUGUCAUCAGACUAGCCCGCACAAUGGUUCGUCCUGAUGACUUCGAAUUCGUCCAGACAAUCUCCGAAAACGAGUCGCUCACCCAUGAGCGAGUACCACAACACGUCGUACCGCUGACUACAUGGAAUAACGUCUUCCCCAGUUUAUUUGAGCUUAUCGAUCGAGAAACUGCCAAGGCUGCCGAGGACCCAAGUCUGCCCCCCUUCAAGGCUAUUGUUUAUUUCAACACAACUUCGCUUGUCCGAUUGGCUGGAGAAUUUGGGUUCCAACGAAGGCAGAACGGCCUUAUGAACAUGCCGACGUACUCUAUUCAGUCUCAACUUACCCAGAGCCAGCGCACCAGGGCGGCUGAUUCGUUCCGAAAUGCGCGAUCUGGAAUUCUGUUUUCAUCGGAUGUUACAGCUCGAGGAAUGGACUUUCCUAACGUGACGCAUGUUAUUCAGGUUGAUACGCCUCGUGAACGUGAGUCUUAUAUUCAUCGGCUCGGCCGCACGGCUCGACAGAAUAAGGGUGGUGAGGGCUGGCUUCUCCUCCCACCGCAUUCGACGAGGACCGCCAAAAAGCUUCUGCGUGGUCUUCCUCUGCAGGCAAAUACGACGUUGGAGAGCUUCAACGUCGAUGCUGAAGCUGAUGUUGCAGAACUACCAAAAUACCACCAGGAAGCCAAGGACCUGGCCCAAGCUCUGCCGCGAAGUGUGUUGGCCGAAGCCUACACAUCCAGUCUUGGGGCUCAGGGCGAAUCAAAGGAGGAGUUUGUGGAGGAUCUCAACCUUUGGGCCACUGCUGGUUGGGGUUGGAGGGAGCCACCUCAUGUCUCGGCUUCGGUGGCCAAACGUUUGGGCCUCACUCGUUCUGCAUUGAAUAUCCAGCGUGGACCUUCAGGACGUGAUGACGGUUUUGAGGCUGACAAUCGAUUCGGACGCGAGGACCGCAGAGGGUCCGGUCGUUUCGACGGCCCCAAAUCAUCCGACCCGUUCACUGAAAUGGGACGUAAUGUACGACGAGAUGAUGCAGGCUUCGGCCGCGACCGGGGCACUAGAGGAUCGAUGCGAUUCCGGAACCGGGACUCCAGGGGCUCCAGGGGCUCUCGAGGAUCUCGAGGACCCCGAAGAUUCAGCGAGUCUACUGAGGCCUCUUGGUAG